ACGCGUGAUCAGCUGGGACAGUGAAGAAAAGCUUUGGCAAGUCAACUUACAAAUGUUAUUAAAUAUGAGAGGCGCUGCGUAUGAUUUUUAUCCAACAGUAAAGCUGUGAUGUGACCGAAGUGACUGUAACUGCCCAGAACUGAAGCUCGGCGGCAAAAACGCGGCGGCAAAAUCAAUUUACAGAUGACCCCUCAUCAGCAUGCAGAACAAUGGACUCUAAUGGAGCUGCAUGAGCUGAGAUUGAGCCUGUGCCUUUUAUGGAAUGAAAUCCGAGCAAAGCCAGAUCCACUAAUUGUCAUCCUCUGUCUCCAGAAUCGGAUAAAUGAUCUCCAGUAAAGCUUCAGCUCAGCUAAAAGCCCCUCAUGUCGUUUCUGGACUGCACCUGUAUCUCCUCCCACUCACAAGUCCAGUCCAUCAGCAUAGAGGAGCAGUAUGAAGACAUCAGCCAUCAGUGCUCGAGCACAGAUGUCUCUCCGUGUUCGGUGUUGACAGAUGCCGAUGACAUCACAGAUCUGUCCACUGACUCCACCCACUAUCAGCUCCUGUCACCACUGGGCCGGGGCUUUAAUAACCUCAGUCAUGUAAGUCUGGCGCGUCACACACCGUCUGGCCGUCUGGUGGCAGUAAAAAACACAAACCUGGAUGAGUGUACAGAAGACGAGCUCCUGCAGCUGAUGAAUGAGGUUCUUCUCUCCAGACGGUUCCGGCAUCCGAAUCUGCUGACGUCCAGACUGGUGUUCAGCUCCUGCUGUCAGCUGUGGGUUCUGGCUCCUCUCAUGAGCUACGGUUCUGCAGACUCUCUGCUCAGGUCAUAUUUUCCAGACGGGAUGAGCGAGUCUCUGAUGGCGUAUCUGCUGUAUGGUGUUCUGCGAGCGCUCGAGUACCUGCAUCACAUGGGUUAUGUGCACAGGGGUGUGAAGGCCAGUCAUGUGCUGCUGUCGGCUGAAGGAAGAGUGUGUCUAUCGGGUCUUCAGAGUGUCUACAGUUUGAUGAAGGACGGGAAGAGGAUGAGAGCUGUGUUCGACAUGCCUCAACACAGUCCAUCUCUCCUGCCCUGGCUGAGCCCUGAGCUCCUGAGACAGGAUCUUCAUGGUUACGGGGUGAAGUCCGACAUCUACAGUCUGGGGAUCGUGGCGUGUGAGCUGGUCAGUGGCAGAGUGCCAUUUCAGGACAUGCCGCCCACUCUGAUGUUGCUCCAGAAGCUGCGGGGAUCUCACUGUUGUCUUCUGGAUGUGCCUCCAUACCCGCUGGGAGGAAUGGGGGAGCUGAAGGUGUCUCGCUCGGGGGUGGAUUCGGGAAUCGGAGAGAGUGUGGCGACUGGAAGUUUGACCCGCACUGCCACUGCGGAGCGACCGCAGAGUCCCGCUCCUAAAAACCACUCGGCCACACUGCACAACCUGGUACAACUGUGUCUGCAGCAGCAGCCUGAGCUCAGGCCGUCUGCGACAGCUCUCCUCAACCAUCCCUUCUUCAGACAGGUGAAGAAGCACACGAGGGACUCUUUCCUCAGUCUGAUGUAUCCCGCUGUGCCAGUGUCCUGCCCUCCAGACACGCCUCCCUCCCAAACCCCAACCCAGACCUGUAACACGCCGUCUCCCACUGAUCCUGAGCCAGAGGACGGCCUGUGGGACUUUUAAAGUUCACUGUCUUCCUCACACAAACCUCUACAUAAGCAACUAGCAAUUAAUCCUAACCACUGCUGCAUUCUGCUGUUCACUUGAUGAGUGUUUGUAGUGCUACGUUAGCCCCACCCAUAGUGAAAUCUCAUUGGUUUAAAUCCUCUCGGUAUGGACGAAUAUAUUGAUGAUGACAUCAUCAUGCACAUGUGGGCGUGUCUAUGAUUAGUAUUUGUAAAAAAAAAAAACGUUAAGUAUUUGUGGUACUGCGUUAGCCCCGCCCAUAGUGAAAUCUCAUUGGUUUAAAUCCUCUCGGUAUGGACGAAUAUAUUGAUGAUGACAUCAUCCUGCACUUAUGGGUGUGUCUAUGAUUAGUAUUUGUUAAAAAAAUGUUUUGUAGUUUAUUAAUCGUAGUACUACAUUAGUCCCGCCCACAGUGAAAUUUCAUUGGCUUAAAUCCUUUUGGAAUGAUCCAAUAUAUUGAUUAUGACAUCAUCCUGUCCUUAUGGGCGUGACUAUAAGUAUAUUAGUAUUUGUAGUACUAUAUUAGCCCCGCCCACAGUGAAAUCUCAUUGGUUUAAAUCCUCUCUGUAUAGACGAAUACAUUGAUGAUGACGUCAUCCUGCGCUUGUGGGCAAAUCUAAUUAGUAUUUGUAAAAAAAAGAAAAUUUAGCAUUUGUAGUACUAUGUUAGCUCCGCCCACAGUGAAAUCUCAUUGGUUUAAAUCCUGUCUGUAUAGACCAAUACACUGAUGAUUACGUCAUCCUGUGCUUGUGGGCAUGUCUAUGAUUAGUAUUUGUAAAAUAUAUAGAUAAAUAAAAGUUUAGUAUUUCUAUAACAUAUUAGCCCCGCCCACGGUGAAAUCUCAUUAGUUUAAAUCCUCUCAGUAUGGACCAAUAUGGUGAUAAUGAAGUCAUCUUACACUUAUGGGCGUGUCUUUGUUUCUAGCCUAUCAAAUGCUCUCUAGAAGGAGCAUAAACCAGCGAACAUUUCAUGACUAGCAUUAGCAUCUGUGCAGUCAUUGUUAAUGGCUGUCGAAUACAAUGUGAGUGCAGGUCGUCGGGGGAGACGGGAUGGGGGGCAAGCGUGCUUCGGUCCAGUUCAAGGCAACUGUACAUAGUGUGAGUACGCCCUAAAAGCUGUUAGCUAGGGCUGCAUGAUUGGUCAAAAUACAGAUGAACAGGAUAUAGUCAUAGUGUGAUUAUCAAAUAACAAAGUGCAAUUGAAUUCAUUAAUUAUAUGUAAAGCUCACAGUUUAUGAUCCAGUGUUUUCUGUGUCUCCGACUGGCUCAGUUCCCCAAAAAAAUAAAAUAAAACUUGGGAGUCUGAUGUUUGAAAAUCAAGACAUAAAAAACCCAUA